CACCAAUGUUCCACGUCUGUUAAUCGGUUUUUCGCUCCCGUUGAGUUUUUGUGUGGUGGUAUUAUUUCUCGAUCGAACACUUCAAGUCUACACGAUGAUCCCGACACGUCGCGCCGCCGUCCAAGCUGUCCGCCAAGCAACCAACCAAGGAAGAGUCCUUGGGCAAGCGGACGUCAGUGAACGAUGCAUGAGCACGCUCAAGACUGCGGAGGAGUUUAUGGCGCGGGAAGACAAGUAUGGCGCGCACAACUACCACCCGCUGCCCGUGGUGCUGAACCGCGGCAAAGGUGUGCAUGUGUGGGACAUCAACGGCAAGAAGUACUACGAUUUCCUGAGCGCGUACUCUGCCGUGAACCAAGGACACAGCCAUCCUCGUAUCAUCGCCGCGCUGGUAGACCAAGCGUCCAAGCUGUCGCUGACGUCCCGUGCCUUUUACAACGACGUGUUGGGCGAAUACGAAGAGUUCAUUACAAAGUUCUUUGGCUAUGAUCGCGUGCUGCCCAUGAACACGGGCGUGGAAGGCGGCGAGACGGCCAUCAAGCUCGCCCGUCGGUGGGCGUACGAGAACAAGGGCGUGGCGGAAAACCAAGCGCGCAUUGUGUUUUGCCAUGGCAACUUUUGGGGCCGCACCAUGAGCGCGAUUUCGUCGUCGGAUGACGAAAAUGCAUUUGCGAAGUUUGGGCCGUACAUGCCUGGGUUUGACAAGGUUCCGUACAACGACAUUGACGCCCUCCGUGCCAAGUUUGAAAGCGAUAAGAACAUUGCCGCGUUCAUGGUCGAACCUAUCCAGGGCGAAGCGGGGGUCGUGGUGCCCAAGGACGGAUACUUGCGCGAAGUGGCGGCUUUGUGUAAGAAGCACAACGUGCUGUUCAUUGCCGACGAAGUGCAAACGGGGUUGGCGCGGACCGGCAAGAUGCUGUGUGUCGACUACGACGGGGUCAAGCCGGAUAUAUUGAUCCUUGGCAAAGCGCUGUCGGGAGGCGUGUACCCCGUGUCGGCUGUGCUCACGUCGGACGAGAUUAUGCUCAACAUCAAGCCCGGGCAGCACGGGUCGACCUACGGCGGCAACCCGCUCGGCAGCCGUGUCGCGAUUGAAGCGUUGAAAGUGCUCAAGGAGGAAAACCUCGCCGAGAACGCGUUUACGCUGGGCGCAGCGUUCCGUGCCGAAAUGAACCGAUACAUCGCCGACACGCCAGGUGUGUGCUUGGGGGUGCGCGGCCGCGGGCUCUUGAAUGCUGUGAUCAUCAACGAACGUCCAGGCAAGCCGGACGCGUGGGACCUGUGCCUGACCCUCCGUGACAAGGGUCUCCUGGCCAAACCCACGCACGGCAACAUCAUCCGACUGGCGCCGCCGCUCUGCAUCACCAAGGAACAAAUGGACGACUGCGUGUCUAUCCUCAAGGAAGGGUUGAAGGCCAUCGAGUAAAGCAAGCCUAACUACGAUGGGCAGCACCACUACUUAGUAUGCUCGUGCAAGAAUAGAAGCCUCUUUGUGGAUUGCAGAAUGAUACUGUAGUACAGUACAUAGUCGAUCGCUACACUGUUUGCUAAAGUAUAUUAAUACCAGUACUACGUAUUAAUAAUAUUAAUACCAGUACUAGGUAUUAAUAAUAUUAAUAAUAGUACUACGUAAUAC